UGUAGGUGCUUAAACGAGCCAAUAGCAAGAUGAUGUCUUGAGCGGUCAUUUGCAUAUGAGGCAAAUAAAGGCAAGUACCCGCGAAUGCCUUAGCAUUGUUGCUUUCGAGUUGGUUCAUCUAAUUUGAGAUUGAAGUUUCAGGAUGCCUGAACCAGCGAAAUCAGCGCCUGUUCCCAAGAAGGGGUCGAAGAAGGCCAUCACCAAGACCCAGAAGAAGGGGGAUAAGAAGCGCAAGAAGAGCAGGAAGGAGAGCUACUCCAUCUACGUCUACAAAGUGCUGAAGCAGGUCCACCCCGACACCGGCAUCUCCUCCAAGGCCAUGAGCAUCAUGAACUCCUUCGUCAACGACAUCUUCGAGCGCAUCGCCGCCGAGGCCUCCCGCCUGGCCCACUACAACAAGCGCUCCACCAUCACUUCUCGGGAGAUCCAGACGGCCGUGCGCCUCUUGCUGCCGGGAGAGUUGGCCAAGCACGCUGUGUCUGAAGGCACCAAGGCGGUCACCAAGUACACCAGCUCCAAAUAAAUCUUUUUCCGAGAAGACAGUUCAAAACUCAAAGGCUCUUUUAAGAGCCACC